UUUCAUUCCAACUCAAAGGAACAGCCGUUGCUCUUUCUGCGUCUUCUUCUUCUUCAGAUACUAUCUAAAACAUGUGGAGGCUCACACAUGUGACCUCUCGCGUGAGCAGGACCAGCACCCGAAAUGUCUCUACUAAAUCGGUGCGCCAGGUCACUGAACAAGAUACGGUAAAACAAAUCACCAACAUCAUUAAUCAGAACAAUUGGCAACUUCUCCUGUACAACUCAGACAUACCCAAAAAGUUGAAGCCGGAUGUGGUCCGAUCCGUUAUUCUUCAGUCCGGGUCCAACCACGACCCGAGACGCCUUCACAGCUUCUUCCAUUGGUCCGAACGUCAUAUGGGUACCCCGUUACAUGACUUAGAUUUAUUGUGUUUUCUUGUUCUUUCUUUGUGCAAUUCUAAAUUCUACGGAUCUGCUAGUGAAGUUAUUGAAAGAAUGGUAAGGAAUACUAAUAGUAAUAACAAGUCAGUUCGUGAUAUUUUGAAUGCCAUUGAUGUGUGUUACAGACAGUGUACUGAGUUUAAGUGUAAUGGUGUUGUGUUUGACAUGUUGAUUGAUGGGUUCAGGAACGCGGGGUUGUUAAAUGAGGCUGUUGAUGUGUUUAGUUGUGAUAAGAUUGUUGAGUUUAGGCCUAGUGUGUUACGUUGUAAUGCGUUGUUGAGGGAGUUGUUAAAAGGGAAUAAAACGGAGUUGUUGUUUUGGGAGGUCUGUGAGAAAAUGAAUGAAUUGAAGGUGGGUUUUAAUGUGUACACUUAUACCAUGGUGAUAAAUGCAUAUUUUAAGGCGAAGAAUGUCGAGGAAGCAAAACGCGUGUUUUUGGAAAUGGGAGAGAAGGGUUGCGGUCCAAAUGUUGUCACUUAUAAUGUCUUCAUUGGUGGGUUGUGUCGAAUGGGACAGACUGAUGAAGCGGUUGAGAAAAAGAAUCGUAUGCUCGAGAUGGGGUUGGAUCCUGAUAGUUAUACUUAUGUUAAUCUUAUUAAUGGGUUUUGCAUGGAAAAGAGAUUGGGUGAUGCAAAGUUGGUUUUGUUGGAGAUGAUGAGUAAGGGUUUGAAGGCUAAUUUGAUUGUUUACAAUGCUUUGAUUGAUGGGUUUGUGAAACAAGGUGAUGUAGAAGAGGCUUUUAAGUUGAAGGAUGAGAUGGUUGUUUCCGGUACUCAGAUAGAUUUGGUCAUAUAUAAUACACUGCUUAAUGGGGUUUGUAAGGGUGGUAACAUGGAUAAGGCUAAAGAAGUGAUGCAUGAGAUAAGUCGAAUGGGUAUUGUACCUGAUUCAAGAACUUAUACUUUGUUAAUAGAAGGGUAUUGCAGAGGACGGGAUUUAGAUAGUGCUUUUGAGUUAUUUGAUGAGAUGAAGAAGAAGAACUUGGCUCCCACUGUGUUUACUUACAGUGCGAUAAUCAAUGGGCUAUGCAAUUGUGGAAAUCUUCAACAGGUCAAUACCGUUUUGGGAGAUAUGAUUACAAGGGGUUUGAAGCCAAAUUCUGCAAUCUAUUCAAAUCUUAUUUCAGCUUAUUCCAAGACAAAUAGAAUUGAAAAAGCAAGGAAGGUCUUGGAGAGGAUGAGGAUGAAUGGAAUUCCACCAGAUGUGUUUUGUUACAAUUCUAUUAUACAUGGUCUCUGCAAAGCCAAAAGGAUGGAAGAAGCAAGGACCUAUUUGGUUGAAAUGUUAGGGAAAGGAUUAAAGCCUAAUAAUUGUACAUAUGGAUUUUUUAUCCAUGGAUAUAGUAAAGUAGGAGAGAUGCAAGUAGCAGACCGCUAUUUCAAUGAGAUGCUAGGUCGUGAUCUAGAGCCCAAUGAUGUAAUUUACUCUGCCAUUAUUGAUGGGCACUGCAAAGAGGGGAACAUAACAGAAGCAUUCUCAACAUUUAGAUGCAUACUUGCACGAGGGAUUCUUCCUGAUGUGCAAACUUAUAGCGUGCUCAUUAAUGGCCUAUCAAUGAAUGGAAAAAUGCCAGAAGCCCUGGGAUUAUUCUCAGAACUUUUAGAGAAGGGGUUGGCUCCAGAUAUUUACACUUUCAAUUCCCUCAUCAUUGGUUUUUGCAAACAAGGUGAUCUCAGUAGGGCCUUUCAACUUCAUGAUGUGAUGUGCAUGAAAGGCACUGACCCAAACAUAGUUACUUAUAAUGUAUUGCUCGAUGCAUUAUGCAAGGCAGGUGAUGCUGAGAAAGGUAAGAACUUGUUUUAUAGCAUCUCAGAAAAAGGAUUGAACCCCAACAGUGUAACAUUUGCUAUUAUGAUAGAUGGUUUCUGCAAAACUGGGAAUGUGAAUGAAGCAUUCCGGUUAUUGGAUGAGAUGCCGAAAAUGGGUGUCCAACCAGAUAGUUUUGUCUACAAUGCCCUUCUCACUGGGUGCUAUAAAGAAGAGAACCUAGAGAGAACAUUGGAAUUGUUUCAGGACAUGUUGGAGAAGGGCUUGGCCACCACUCUUUCUUUCAACACUUUAAUUGAGGGCUUGUGUAAGAGAAACAAACUUAAGGAAGCCCAUAAAAUGUUGGAAGCAAUGUUAGAAAGGCAAGUCAUACCUAAUCAUGUCACCUAUACCACUCUCAUUGAUCAGCAUUGCAAGGUUCAAGAUAUGGAGAAAGCUAAACAACUCUUAGUGGAGAUGCAGGAAAAGAAUCUGACGCCAGCAGCUGCUACUUACACAUCACUGUUAAGUGGUUACAAUAGAAUGGGGAAUAGAUCUGAGGUUUUUGCUCUGUUUGAAGAGAUGCUAGGGAAGGGAAUUGAGCCUGAGAAAAUCACCUAUUAUGUAAUGAUUGAUGCUCACUGUAAAGAAGGUAAUCUAAUGGAAGCCUUGAUGUUGAGGGAUUUGAUUCUGGAAAAGGGUAUGUGUUUAUCUUUGUGGGCAUACAGAGUUCUCAUAACCACCCUGUGUGGAAAAGAGGAAUUUUCUAAAGCUUUGAGGUUGCUUGAUGAAAUGGGAGAAAGUGGACAUAGGCUUGAUUAUGCCUUAUGUCGGUCUAUAGCUCUCCAAUUCCAAAAAGAAGGCGAAAUGGACAAAACUGCCAAGGUUUUCAAGUGUAUGUCACGUUUUGGAUGGGUAUCAAACUCCAUUAGGAUGGCAGACUUAAUUAGUGGAAACACCAGUGAUAGACAUCUUGAGGACUCCAACCAUCUUAUUAAGCAAAUGGCUUAGGAAGUUUCAAAUGUGACCAACCCCUUGAGCUGCAUCAUAUCUCUGUUCCAUCAUCUCUCCAGACAAGCAGUGGAAUCAGGGUCUGUCCAGAUGGGGAUUAACCUUCCAUGUUUAUCCCUGGUUCUAGCUGCCCAACAAAUGGAUGUUUUCCAUUUUCUAUAUUGAAUUCCUUUAUCCAAGUGACAUUAUAGUCCUUGUGGAGGUUUGGUUUCAUUGACUUUGUGUAUACUCCGAUGCACUAAAAUAAGUCAUUCUCCCUAGUGAUAAUUUGAUCAAGGUUUUGAAUUUAAGCAGCUGAUGCCCAUGACAUUAUCAUAAUGAAAGAGCUCCUUGGACAAAUUUCUCCCUUGAGGGUUCUUUUUCUUGCAUCCCUGGCAACUGACUUCCUGAAAGAUGGUAAUUGCAUUGGUAUUGAUUCAUUUUGUUGUAUUUUGUUAAAAUAAGGCGAGCAGAGAUCAUAAAUUUGUCAUCAGUGAGUGCUUUCUUUAUCUACUAGGAUAUUGUGUUUAUCGCAGUGAGGCGAAUUUUGGUAUCAAUUGCCCUGUGGCCUGCGAGUAUGUAUGAGGUGAAGGCCUGAAGCAGAAAUGAGCAUUUCCUUUGACUAGAUAUUGUUGCUGUGGGGUGAAGAACACAUGGUAGAAAUCAAGCAGAUCAAUCUAUAUUUCUAUCUCUGUAUUAAGACAGAAUACAAUUGUAAAAUGUGUACCAAUAUCCCAUUGGGGAGCCAUUACUUUUUGUUUUGUGUGCCAUGGGCAUAUGAAGAACAGAACCUUCCUUUUCUUGUGCA